AUGGCAAAGCAUCACCCUGAUUUAAUUAUGUGCAGGAAACAGCCAGGAAUUGCGAUUGGAAGAGUCUGUGAUAACUGUGAUGGGAAAUGUGUCAUUUGUGAUAGCUUGGUGAGGCAGUGCAGCUUGGUUAGGAUUUGUGAUGAGUGUAAUUUUGGAAGUAAUCAAGGCAGGUGCAUUGUGUGCGGAAAUCCAGGGAUUUCAGAUGCGUAUUAUUGCUUUGAAUGUGUUAGGCUGGAAAAAGAUAGGGAUGGAUGCCCGAAAAUUAUAAAUUUGGGGACUGCAAGGACAGAUAUGUUCUAUGAAAGAAAAAAGUAUGGAUUCAAGAAGAGGUAG